AUGGAUGAAAGUGAGAUUUGGCUGAGUGACGAAGACGAGAGAGACUUUGAUGAAGAAGAUGAAGAAACCUCGGAUCCGACAUUUUUCAGUCUCGGGCUCACAUACCAAGGCCAGGAGGGAGGCUUCCAUGUCCGCAAUCGCCCAGGACAACGGCAAAGGAAAGCAGUUUCAGCAUUUCGCGGCGGCUCAAAGAGGAGGCCAGCUUUCACCGUCAGUUGCAAUGCGAAAGCAAUCAUCCAUGGUGAAAUGGGCCCGUCGUCAGAUAAACAUGCGACGCUUCUUGUGUACGAGUUCAAGUUCAACUCAUAUAGAGGAGCGCGCAUCAAAGAAGCCGACGUCUUGUUCGAGUUCCACGCCAUGAAAGGCCAGGCCGGCGGCCCAUCAGUUCACAAGGUUGCUCCAUACGGAGUCCAUAAGAUGCAAGAAACAAGCCAAUCUGAAUCUUCAAAACAUGGAGUAGAACUCACAGUCGGUCCAAACAUUCCGGCUAUCGAUACAGGUUUGACACUCUAUGGCGAAGCGGGCGUGGACAAGGUUACGAAGCAUCAUACCUUGGUGAGUGGCGAUAAUCCUCAGUCAGACGAUUGGGGGAAUUACUUCCAGGCGCGCUUUUUCCUGUCCGAGAACAAGUCACAAGCCAGCGGCAUCCCUUCCAAGCUUCGAGCUUGCAUUCUGCUGGAGCGAGAGGAUGACGAAGACUUCGUUUGCGUUCCCUACUUGAAAGUAACGCCCAACUUUACAACCAUGGUGACCUCUUUGUUCUCUUCAAGGGAGCCCGACGACCCCAUUAUAUUUAGCGUGAUUGAGCCUCCUCUCAAUGAACUGGACAGCUCGGUCGAUAUUGAUGCCGAUAAUCUGGGAGCAACUGACUUGGACCGGCUGUGGGACUGCACUACAUACACCGAGUAUGAGCAAUCUGUUAAGCAAUCUGGGUCGGCGAAUGACAAGCAUAUUCAAGAAUAG